UGGGAUUUACACGGGAUAUACAGAGUUGUUUAAAAAUCGGAAAUUUUCAACCUUAAAUUUUUCCUUUUAAAUUCAUUAUAGAAUGUAUAGCAAUUAAGUUUUUGAAUUACAUUCCAAAAAAAAAAAAAAUUAUAAGCAUUAACCAAAGUUACAAUUUGAUGUUUUUAUGUAAAAAGUGUAACCGGCAACUGCGAAAGUUGCACAACAAUCCAUAAAUGUUUUAUGUAAAUCACAAUUAUAAUUCCAAAUAUAUUUUCUUUACUCAAUUUAAAUUCACAAUUGAGUUUCAUUAUUAUUGUUUUCCUUCUCUGUCAUUCUCGACAGUCCUCCUCUUUACAGUUGUAUGCGAUUAGAGCUUGGAGUUGGGUCUCAAACCAUCAUUGAUCAGGAGAGGAACUUUUUCUUUCCUUUUAAUUCUUUUGAAAAGGGGAUCGAAACUAGGUCGGAAGAGAUACUUGAGUAUUUGGUUGGACAGAAGAGUGCCCUUAGUUUGAGAGAAGGUUUUGGAGAUAACCCAUAUACAAAAGUGCCCACAACUUCUCUUGUUGACGAAUCUUGUGUGUAUGGUGGGGAUAAAGAGGAGGCUAUAAUGAAUUUAUUGGUAUUAGAUUAUGCAAGUGCUAAUGACCUAGAUAUAAUACCAGUGGGUAUGGGUGGAAUCGGCAAAUCUACCCUUCCUCAGCUUGUCUACAAUGAUAUCAGAGUACAGAACUGGUUUGAUCUUGAAGCAUGGGUAUGUGUUUCAGAAGAAUUUGAUGUUUUCAAGGUAACAAAACGUAUUCUUAAGGAGGCGAUUGAUGGUUGUGAGACGCAAACUCCAAAUCAGCUUCAACUCGAGCAACAGGAGAGACUGAAGGGAAAGUUUUUGCUUGUUUUAGAUGAUGUUUGGAAUGAUAAGUAUGCUGAUUGGGAUAUCUGACGGAGACCUUUCAAAUCAGGGGCUAGAGGAAGUAAGAUUAUUGUUACAACAAGGAAUGAAAGUGUAGCAUCCACAAUGUGCAAUGUUCCAAUACAUCGCUUGAAGGAAUUAACUGAUGAUGAUUGCUGGUUCUUAUUUGCAAAGCAUGCAUUUGAUGAUGGGAAUUCAGAUUUGCAUUUAUGCUUGACGAUGAUCGGUAGAGAAAUAGUGAGGAAGUUACCUUUAGCAGCAAAAACUGUUGGGGGUCUAAUGCAUUUCAAAAGAGAUGUCACAGAAUGGGAAAAGAUCUCGAAGAGCUGUAUCUGGGAUUUAUCGCGUGAUAACAUUCUUCCAGCAUUAAGAUUAAGCUAUCAUUAUCUUCCAUCACAUCUAAAACAAUGUUUUGCUUAUUGUGCAUUAUUUCCUAAAGGUUAUGAAUUCGAAAAGGAGGAAUUAGUACUUUUACGGAUGGCCGAAGGUUUUUUAGUUCGACCCAGAGAAAAUAAGGAGAUGGAAGAACUAGGUGAUGAGUACUUCCUUGAUCUGGUAUUCAGGUCAUUUUUCCAACGAUCGAGUGUCCAUCAAUCAUGCUACACUAUGAAUGACCUUAUAAAUAACUUGGCUAAAUCUGUAUCUGGAGAGUUUUGCUUUAGGCUAGAACGUGAUGAUUCAUUGUUGGGUAUGGGGGUACACGAUUUCCGAAUUGGGUAGGGGACUCUUAUUUCUCAAAUGUAGUCUCUUGAAGCUCAUGGAAUGUAAAUACUGUGCCUACUUACCUCCACUUGGGCGGUUACCAUCUCUAAAAGAUCUCUCAAUUAUAGCAUUUGAUAGUGUUUUGGGUAUUGGUCCUGAGUUCUAUGGAAGUCAUGCAUCUAUGAAGAAGCCAUUCAAAUCUCUCCAAAUUUUGAGAAUUGAAAGGAUGGCGCAGUGCAUGAGUGGAUUUCUUAUGCAAAUAAAAACAAAGCUUUCUCUAGUCUCCAACAACUUUAUAUAAGGCUUGUAUAACUUGAUUGCUCAGAUUUUGAAUCAUUCCCAGAGGAGACACUGCUGCCCGUCACUCUUACCUUUCUUAGAAUCUGUGAUUUUCAAAAUUUGAAAUCCUUGGAAUGCUUGGGGCUUCAACACCUCACUGCUCUUCGAGAAUUGGAGAUCUUUUACUGUCCUAAGCUCCAGUCCAUGCCAAAGGAGGGAUUACCUUCCUCACUGUCUUGUCUGUCUAUUUGUAUAUGUCCUUUGUUAGAAGAAAGAUGUGAAAAGGAGAAAGGGGAAGAUUGGCCAAAGAUUUCUCACAGCCCGCACAUAGAAAUUGGUUUCAGUGAGAUCAAAUGAGGCAAAGAGUCCAGUUUUCAUAAAUCCAAUGCAGGUGAGUAAAGGAGGAAGGAGUGGCUUUUAUCCAUAGAUAUCUAAGUGAAGGGCUAAAAGUGCAUGAGAAAUCCAAGCAAGGCCUCACCUCAUCUUCUAGUGAUAAUACUCAUUAUAUAUAUAGGAUAGAUAU